UUCGACUGCUGCUGUAUCAGCCAAUCAGAGAUGCAGUACGUCAUUACGUCACGUAACCUCUACGGUCACGUUACGUACGUCAAGCCAGCAGGAAGUGUGAUGUGGUUUUGACUCAGAACAAAAAUGUCUGCUAUUUUCAACUUCCAGUCACUGUUAACAGUGAUUCUUCUCCUGAUCUGUACCUGUGCUUACAUCAGAGCGCUAGCACCCAGCCUGCUGGACAAGAACAAGACAGGGAUUCUAGGAAUUUUCUGGAAGUGUGCCAGAAUAGGUGAGCGGAAGAGUCCCUGGGUGGCUUGCUGCUGUGUCGUCAUGGCUUUUAGUAUACUGUUCCUACAGUAGCAGACCGAAGAAAAACGCGAAUGGGAAAUGAACAUAAAACAUGGCAUGGACAUGACCGUCCUAGAGGCACAACAGGACCUCCAGUCAUUUAGAUAUGAUAAGAUGUAAAAAUGGAGACCUGUCACCACUCACCGUAGCAACGGGGAGAGAGAAAACAUUUUUGUGGGGGUGGGAAUGCGCUGAUAGCCCCAAAGUGUGUCUCGAUCCCUCCGGGGCACUUCCAGGUCUAUCUUUGUGUUUGUGUUUUUGUGGAAUGUUCACUCCGGAUGUGUGUGUGUGGACGGAUGGGGAUGAGGGGGGGGGGGGGAAGGAAAUGCUUUCUGUCAUCUGCCAUUUAAGAGUCAAGAGACAGAAGUCAUAUUCUUGGUCUGAUCAAAUUAAUAAGUUGUCCAAACAUUUCAAGCUGUUUUUCUUCCUGCAUGUUUAUCGACCAGUUUGAAUUUUUGAAACAGAGCUGCAAUGAAGUGUGACUCAAAAUAAUCCACGCCCUCUCUGUAUUGUUUGUAGAGAGAAUGAUGUUCCACAGCAAAUUAAAUGGUAGAAUAGCUCUGCAGAUGGCUAAUUGUCGUGCAUAUUUGCCUCAGAGAGCUGCUGAUGUUUUUAUGUCAGUUUUCUGCUAUUUAUUAAAAGAGCCUUUUUGGAAAUUGGGGUUUUUCAUUUCUUGCCAUUCACACCUGUUGAUGUAUGUUGUGCUAAUACCACACAGUAUGUUGACGUGUGAUUAAUGACUACAGUUAUGCAUAAGUACAUGUUGAAUAGAGAUUAUAUUUUUUCUAGUUGAGGACCACUUUGCACGUGCAAUGAAUGACUGCAGCUGUGGAGAAAUAAAAGUAACUAUUGCUGCUUGGGGUCACAUCUGAUGUUCUCAUGCUGCCGUGAGAUCAACAGUGAAGGGUUUUGUGAUAACCUCUAUGACAACCUUAGUCACCACUCAUCU